AUGGCAAUGAAGGGGAUUCAUCAUCACAGACGGAUGCCUACUUCCCACGGGACAUGGGAGACAUUUAUUGAGGCCUAUUUUCGUAUCAUGCAUCCUCAGAUGCCACUGCUAACCUACUCGGAAAUCAAGGAGACGUGGAACAAACUCUGGGACGCUCCUCAACCUGGGAAGGUGCUGAAAGACAGGGAUCUGCUUUAUAUGGUCCUUGCUAUUGGCUCGCGCGUGUCAAAUUACAAGGGCAAACAGACUGCCGAAUGGAUUGAUCUAUGGGCCGAGCAUUUCUCCACAAUGGCCAACAAUUUUGCAAUGUAUUUUCAGGAACCCAGUUUGAAAGGCACGCACUUCAUGCUUCUGAAGGCGAUGUAUGCGCUCCAAAUUAUGAGGCCAAAUGAGGCAUACCUUUAUUUCGGGUACGCCGCUCGCAACGUGCUGGCCAUCGGCAUCAAUCGAUCCCAGGUGACGGACGGGAACAAUCUGAGCAUGCACAGACUCCGCGUUACAUUCUGGACUAUUUUCGCUAAUGAGAAAAUAUCUGCUCUUUUUAUUGGCCGGCCGUCCAGCCUAUGUGAAGAUCAAGUCGAUACAGCUUGCCCGGAGGAUAUUUUCCUACCGAAUACCACUGGGGUGGACUCUGACAACCCGGGAUACCUCAAGCCAACUAUGGAGUGCGCCUGGAUAAGAGCAGUGGCCAAAAUUGGCAGAGUUGCAGACAAAGUCUCUAUCGCCACGUACUCUCCAAACUGUAUGCGGGAAAUUGCCGAUGUGGAAAAGUCGGAAAAGCUUCUUCUGGAAUGCGAUGCUCGACUGAAAUCCAUUGCACAGUCGCUUCCUCCAUAUCUGCACUUUUACGAUCGGGAUCUGCCGAUUGGGGAAAGCUGGCAGGAGGUUCAGCGGGUCAGCCUGGGGAUGAUCUAUUACUUGACCCACAUGCUCAUGCAUCGGCCUAGCUUGAUGUACACGACUUUUUUCAAUUCUAUUGAAGAGGCUGAAAACAAUUCCACUGGGCCGCUCCGAAUCAAGGAAUCUAUGGACGCUUCUAUUAACGCCGCGAGAUGUCUAAUCAAUCUAGCGCACGACGUGUAUUUGCGGCGAUUUCCCGACAUCCGUUCGGACGGCACCAUGGCAACCUUUCUCGCCUCCGCUUGCAUCACGCUUCUUAUGAUGUUCUGGAUCCGCGAACUGCACCGGAGCACGCCAAGGCUACGUUCUCUACGGUCGAACGCGGGAUUGAGUGCCUGUAUGAAAUCCAGCAUUACGGAUAUCAUGAAGAUGGCCAAGGACGCUUUGACAUCCAUGGGAGAUUCCUUUGGCACAGACCUAGAUCUUUUUGACUCUUUCCCGUGGUUGUUAGACAUUCAAAACACAUACAAGCCAGCACCAUUGGCAGAGGAACGACAGACAGACACAUUGGAUCCCAACCUGUUCGCACCGAAUGCAAACCUGACGGGGUUGGAAAGGAAUGCACCGGGUUCAAGUUUUAGGUCAUACUGGGUUGAGAACGAAUUCGACCUGCAAAAUGUUCCAGAGAGUCUGUUUUAA